CGCGCACGCGACUUCGUAGCAGUCCGUCGCAAUGGCGCGUCGUCCGGCCAAGUGCUACCGCGUUAUCAAGAACAAGCCGUACCCGAAGUCUCGGUACUGCCGCGGUGUCCCCGACCCGAAGAUUCGCAUCUACGAUGCGGGCAUGAAGAAGUACCCGGUCGACGCGUUCCCGACCUGCGUGCACCUCGUCAGUUUCGAGAAGGAGCAGAUCUCCUCCGAGGCGAUGGAGGCGGGCCGCAUCGCCGCGAACAAGUACAUGGUUAAAAACGCGGGCAAGGAUGCGUUCCACCUCCGCGUGCGCAUGCACCCGUUCCACUGCCUUCGCAUCAACAAGAUGCUCUCGUGCGCCGGGGCGGAUCGCCUGCAGACGGGCAUGCGCGGCGCGUUCGGCAAGGUGCAGGGCACCGCCGCGCGCAUCGCGAUCGGCCAGAUCAUGCUUUCCAUUCGCACGAAGGACGUCCACGCGAACAAGGCUGUGGAAGGGUUCCGCCGCGCCAAGUUUAAGUUUCCCGGACGACAGAAGAUCGUCGUCUCCCGCCAGUGGGGCUUCACGAAGUUCAAGCGCGAGGACUACGUGGCGUGGAAGAAGGAGGGCCGCAUUCUUCCCGACGGCGUGAACGCGAAGCUCUGGGAGAACCACGGGCCGAUGGAGGGGCGCCCGGCGGAAUCUCUUUUCCUCGCCCCGGCGCGCGUGUACAAGGAACGCGCCGUCUGAGCGGUUGGCGAAGAAGAGGGUGAUGUGGCGUGGGGGGUUUCCUAGCGCGCGAGGUGUUGGAAACCAACGGUGAUGAUAAUACAAUCUCAGGAUUCAAAACAA